UGCAAAGAAGAUUUUAGAAAAAGAUAAGUUAUUAUUACAAAGAUUUUUAGAUACGAUCUUCUAUACUUGUAGUAUAAUAUUUAAUAAUACAUGUGAUUUGGCGAUGACUAUAUUACCAAAUCAAAAUAAUAAUACAAAAGAUAAUGUUAGUUCUGAUAAAGAUGAUAAUGAAGAAAAUAUUAAUAAAGAA